CGCUGAGUCAGCACAGCUUUACCUCGGACUCACUGGUCUUGUGCCUCGCUGCUGACUAAGAGGAAGUUGUCCACACGUUGGUUUACCGAAUGCGGUUUCAAACAUGUUUUCGCCGCCUUUGUAAACUUGAAGCUGCAUAUAGACGAUUUUUUUUUGCAGCAGCAGCGCCAGUGGCAUAUCCUGUUGUAAAGACCUUAUUUACCACGGGACCGGUUGGGUCCGAGAGCUGCAGUCACGGGACAGUCAUUUCCUACAAACUACCACGCGCCUAUUGCUCCUGUUGAGAGCAGGAAGUAGGAUGAAAGAGUAGGCUAUUAGUUUUUUAGUUUUCUACUCCACGGUUUGCUUUGUUACCGAUACACAAAAAUGUUGUCCUUGGAGCAAGUGAAGCAGAGUUUAGAGAGUGCAGGACAAACUCACAUCCUGCAGUUUUGGCCGGAGCUGUGUGAGGUAGAGAGAGACAGCUUCCUCCAAGAGUUGUCCCAGCUGGAUCUAAAGGGACUUAAGGAUCACUGCGUAGGGGCAGCGAGGGCUGCAGCCUCCCCGCCUGCCAGCUUGGAUCAACACAUAGAGCCAGUUCCCCCAGAGUCCAUCGGCAGCGUGAGGAAAAGUGACAAAGACUCCCUUGCAGAGUGGGAAAAUGAAGGGCUGUUGCAAAUCUCAGAGAAUCGAGUUGGAGUCCUGCUCUUGGCUGGUGGUCAGGGGACCCGCCUUGGUGUACAGUAUCCCAAAGGGAUGUAUAACGUUGGGCUACCAAGCGGCAAAACCUUGUAUCAAAUCCAGACAGAGGGCAUUCACAAAAUCCAGGAGCUGGCCGACAAAAAGUAUGGCUCCAAAUGCACCGUUCCAUGGUACAUAAUGACCAGUGAGUUCACUCUGGCACCCACUGAGAAGUUCUUCAAGGAGAACAACUACUUUGGUCUGGAGCCGUCAAACAUUGUUAUGUUUGAGCAAAGAAUGAUCCCUGCAGUGACGUUUGAUGGAAAGGUCAUCCUGCAGGGCAAAGGGAAGUUAGCCAUGGCCCCAGAUGGGAAUGGUGGUCUGUACCAGGCGUUGGUGGACAACAAGGUGCUGGAGGACAUGAAGAAGAGAGGAGUGGAGUACCUGCAUGUGUACUGUGUAGACAACAUCCUUGUCAAAAUGGCUGACCCCGUGUUUAUUGGGUUCUGUGUGAGCAAAGGAGCUGACUGUGGAGCCAAGGUGGUGGAGAAGGCGUACCCUGCCGAGCCAGUGGGCGUUGUUUGCAGGGUGCGAGGCGUCUCCCAGGUGGUGGAGUACAGCGAGAUCCAACCGGAGACAGCUGAGCUCCGAGGACCUGGAGGGGAGUUGGUGUACAGUGCUGGAAACAUAUGCAAUCACUUCUUCACCAGGGCUUUCCUGCAAGAUGUAGCAGUGAAAUUUAUAGGCCAACUGGAACAACAUGUUGCAUUCAAGAAAGUUCCCUUUGUGGACUUGUGUGGCAAUCAAGUCAAACCCACCAAACCCAACGGCAUCAAGAUGGAAAAAUUUGUUUUUGAUGUGUUUCCAUUCUCAAGGAGCUUUGUUGUGUUUGAGGUAGUGAGGGAGGACGAGUUUUCCCCACUAAAAAAUGCAGACGGAGCAGCUACAGACAACCCAACCACAGCCAGAAACUCUUUACUGGCUCAACACUGCCGCUGGGUCACGGCAGCAGGAGCCACGCUGUUGGAUGAACAUGGGAAUGCCAUGCCUCUUACCCCCAGUGCAUCAGCAGGGGACAGUCAUCCAGCACUGUGUGAAAUUUCACCAAUGGUAUCCUACUUCGGAGAGGGCCUGGAGCAGCUGCUGAAAGGGAGGACACUGCCAACUCCUCUCAUUCUGGAUGAACAAAGGGCCAAAGAGCUGCAGGCUCAGUAACAUUUCUCUGAUGGAUUGUGUGAUAGGAGCAGAUAUUCCAGUAUUGUGGAUCACAGGAUGAAGAUGGCAACCCUGGAGCGAUGUGUUUGUUGUUUCAGCCAAAUAAUGCA